AUGUUCACGCUGGACCCUUCAUGGCACUACCUGAACCACGGCAGCUACGGUGCCACAAUCAGGUUUGCUGCGGAGGUGCAGCAGUGGUGGAGGGAGAGGUGCGAGCAGCAGCCGGUGCUGUUCCAUGAGACAGAAGUGCUGCCAGCCUUGAAGGCGGCCAGGGACGAGGUGGCGGCGCUGAUUGGGGCGAAGGGGCAAGACAUGGUGCCAGUCGUCAAUGCGACCGCAGCCGCCAACAUUGUCAUAAACGGGCUUGGCCUCCGCAGGGGAGAUCUGUUGCUCAUGACCAACCUCACCUACCCAGCUGUGAAAAACGCUCUGGCAAGGGCGGCGGCCAAAUCAGGCGCCGGCCUGGUGGAGGUGCAACUCCCCCUGUCCAGGCUGGCGGGGGGACCUGCUGAGGUGGCGGCGGCAUUCGACGAGGCGCUGACAGCUGGCAGGGGCCGCGUGAAGCUGGCGGUCAUCGAUCACAUCGGCUCGUUUCCCCCUUACACCUUCCCCGUGCAGCGGCUCUGCUCCCUCUGCAAAGCUGCCGGCACCAAAGUGCUGCUGGAUGGGGCGCAUGCAGUGGGGGCACAGUCUCUGGACGUUCCCUCCCUGGGCGCCCACUUCUACAUCUCCAACUUGCACAAGUGGCUGUGCACGCCCAAGGGCAGCGCCUUCCUCUGGGUCGCACCCUCCGAGCAGCCGCGCACCCUGCCGCUUAUCACAUCCCACGGCUAUGGCCUGGGUUUCCAGGGGGAGUUUCUGUGGCAGGGAACAUCGGACGUGAGCGCGUGGCUGGCGGUGCCGGCUGCGCUGCGAGUCAUGCGCGCCGUGGGGCUGGACACCUGGCGCGACCACAACACCUCCCUGCUCCAUGACGCCGUCUCUCUGCUCUCGCGGGCCUUCGACACGGAUCAUGUUGCCGAGAGAGGAAGCCAAUUCAGGAUGCUGCGCAUCUCCUGCACUGCCAAUGAGGCCGGGGCAUCCAUGGCGGCGGUGGAGCUCCCAUCGUCGCUGCCCCUGGCCGCCUCCGUGGCAGAUGCGCUCUUCCUGCACGAAAUGCUGCGGACGCGCUUCAAGAUUGAGGUGCCGGUUGCCUGCUGGGAGGGGCGGCUGUGGGUGCGCAUCUCGGCGCAGUACUACAACACGCUGGAGGACUAUCAGGCGCUGGCGGACGCUGUCAGGGAGCUGAUCUCUGAAGGAGCAAGUGCUGAGGAAGAGGAGGAGGGCGCCACAAACAGCUUCAGAAGAAGCCUGGCCAAUGGCUCUGCGCAAUCCAGCAAUGGGGCUUCUGAACACUAG